AUGACAGAUUGGGACAGCAGGAUGUCCCCAAAAGCUCCUAAUAUACAACUGCUUGGCGAAACACUCACUCGCCAUUACAGGCUCUCAUGUGAACUAUAUAACACCUACCCCAUUGGCCGGUUUACUCAUCAACUUUCUCAAGGAAAUUUGGAGAUUAACAUAUCAGAUACAGAUGCAGACCAUAUAGAAGCACUAUGUCACACUCUUCAAAACAAAGUUACACCCCUUCAGAUCUUCAUAUAUAUUCCACCUGGGAAAGAAGUGGGAGUGAAGACGAUUCAAAGGGUUAUGAAAGGCAUUGGUGCAAGUUUGUCAGUCUCCAUGACAGUGUCAGUGCUCGGUAUCAGCAAUGUAACCCUGAGAGGCAACAACCUCAGUAUACUUUGUCAGGGCCUCUCCAAAACACGUCAUCUCAAGAGCCUGAGCCUAAGAGGCUGUGAACUUGGCAACAAUGGAGCUGAGCUUGUCUGCCAGAGUGUUAAGAAUGUACCAAGUAUCACUCAUCUUGCACUGACACAUUGUUCAAUAUCUGAAAAAGGGGCCUGUGCUGUGGCCAGUUUAAUGCAACAUCAGAGGAUGAACCGAGACAGUGCCAUGUGGCAAGAUACCCUUAGGCUGCGACAACCUCACCUGGAUGGCAUGCGAGGUCUUCGGAGAGUAACCCUUAAUGACAAUCCCCACCUUGGAGAUAAUGGGUUAAGAGCCAUUGCAGAUGUGCUUUAUGAAGAUUUGUGGAUCAAGGCAAUUGACCUCCAACACUGUGGUCUAAGCAAUGAGAGUGGGAUGCUGAUGAAGAAAGUUCUGAAGGCCAAUCAAGUUCUGGAGAUUGUAGAUUUAAGAAGAAACCCUUUCAUUGCCAACCACUUAGUAAAUGAAGUAACUGCGUUAUUGACUGACAGGCAAGAUCAGUAUAGUGUACAACAAUAUGUCUGGUUGGACUUGAUGGACAGCCCUCAUGGAGGUUGGCAAGUAAACAAAAGUCCUGAAGCAAAAGCAGGGACAUAUGCAGCUACUGGCAGGAAUAAACUCAAGGAAACCAGAGGACUGAGUGAGGGUCAGGAGACAGUUAAAAAGAAGCCUUCUUUACCUAGACAGUUUGGGAUUCCUUGGAGAAUUGAACACAGAUUAUAUGAGAGGAGAGAAGGCAUGGUACCUGGUACAUUAGCUGAGACUGUACCUGAAGCAGCAAAAGACGAUGUUCCACAAGAACCUGCUCCUCCUCAGAGAGAGGCUGAAGUGAGCUCACAUGACUUUCACAAAAUCAGCAAAAAGUUGGAACAUUACAAGAAGCGAUAUCACAAGGAACAUCAACUUCGUAAGCGUGCUGAGAGGAGACUCAGCCGCCUUCAAACAAAAAUAAAAGAAAGUCACAUUCUUGAUGAAGGAACUGUUUCUCAUAUUGAGACAUGCUUUCAAAAAUUCCAAAAUUUUCUUUCCCAUCUUCAGGAAGUUGGACUUAACAAGCAGCUCAUCAUACCUGAAUUUGGAAAAGAAAAGAAAGAAAAGAACAAGAGGCUGGAACACAUCACUCAACCUUGGCAAGACUCAGCUGAUACCAUUCAUGAUUCUGAAUACAGACAAAUGUCCAGAUUGGUACCUGAGUUAUAUGAGCCUUCUAACAUUCCACACCCAAUAGUUGUGUUCAAUGGUCCUCCUCCUGAAUCUGAUACUCCAAGUCAGGUGAUUAACAGGCAAAUAGAUGGUAAAGGUGGCUCACCAGUCAAUCCAUCUAUAUCACUAGAAGUAGAAGCAUCAAAGGAACCUUUAGAAUAUAAUACAUUACGUGACUGCAAAAUUAUGUCACAUAAAACAGCUAAUGAAUCUGAACAAAAAACAGCUCUCUAUGAAUUAAGUGAGGAUAUUAAAAUAGGGGCAGAUAUGCUAAGCUUACUUCCCAAAGGUCAGACAUUGGAAGAAGUUGAAGCUAAUUAUGAAUCUCAAGAUACAAGUGAUGAAGAUGAAGAUGAUGAUAACUGUGAACAGGAUGAAGAGGACUUUUCUUCUAUUCGUAUAGCAACAACAUAUCAUACAGGAGAACCAGUGUUAAUGGAAAGAAGUGAAGGUACCAGUAGUAAGGAUGAAGAAAGUGAAAUGAAUAAGGAAAAACCUAGCUUAAGAAUGAGAGAUGGAGGCAGUGAUGUACACACUGCAUAUUCUUCAGAAAGUCUAGAUCUCUCAAAAAGAAUUCAAAAUGCAGAAGAUAUUUACAUUAUGUCUUAUGAAAUACCAGCUGAGAAGAUAGAGGCAAGGUCAGUGUCUAGUGCAGACAUGCCCUGUCAGAGUGUAGUUGAAGUGCAUUUACCAGAAAAAGAGAAAAUUCAGAACCUGGACCAGCAUGAGGCUGGAGAUAGAGCUGAAGGUAUAAUAGAGAAGGAACAGAUGGUCAAGGAAAAUUCUGAAUAUUCACAUUCUAGGAAACAUGAAGUUCAGAGACCCAGAGAAUCCCCUCAUGAGUAUGCUGGCAAGAGAGAGAUACCAACAGGCUACAUUAGCUAUGCAGAACAUGCUGAGAGCAAACCUACAUACAAGACAGAUGAUCUAGCAAACAUAGUUCAGAGUACUGAGGUCAGUGAAACAGAUGAUGAGAAACUACGCAUGCGCCAAACCACUUUCAACUUUUCAGGAAGAAGUGGAUCACUCUCCUCAUCAGUGAGCAUCACGGAGCAGCUUAGUCAGUCUCACAAUAAAUGGUCCAAAGGUAAAGGUGAAAGCAAAGGCAGAAGUCAUGAUUUAGAGGCUGAACCAAGCAGAGUAGACAAACUAGGAAACAAAGAGAAAAAAAUUAUUCCUGCUAACACUGACAGAAUCCAAAUCAACUUGCCUUCAUCUAGUAGGUUAAAACACGAAACUGAUGACAUAGAAUAUGACAGUGAUUUUGAGGUGAGUGACGUAGAAGGUGUAAGUAUAUCUGCCUCUUCUCUAACAUCCACUUCCAUACCUGAUGAUCUUGUAACACCUGGUGAAGAGGAAUUUUAAGAGGUAUGUAGUAACAGAGAAUCAAAACAUCAGAAACUAUUAUUGGAUCAUAAUACGAAGCCUUUUAUAACUUCUUUCCUAAAGCAAUGGCUGUAAUCUGUUUCUUGAAUUAUGCUUUGCUUUAGGUUAUAUAUGACUUAGAACUUCAAAAACAAAAUUGCU